AUCUUCACGAUCACAGAGUUUUUAGGGUUGAUCACCACCUUCAUCGAUUUCAUAUAGCUAAAUAUAUUAACCUAAUCAUGAAUAGGAUCAACGAAGAGCCACAGAUUCACGACGAUCCAGUCGAGAAUAGAGACAACGAUGAUGAAGAGGACGAUGAUGAAGAUGAUCAGUAUGAGUAUGGAGAUGGGUUUUUAGUGGAUAGUUCUGAUGAUGGAGAAGAAGAAGAAGAAGACGAAGAACAGAGACAUUGUAAUGAGAAAAAGAGUAGAAAUCGAAGGAAGAAAGACGAAGCCUUUAGUCUUCACGAAGAUGAUUAUCUUCUUCUAGAAGAUAACAACGUCGAUUUCCAAAGAAACAAGUAUAAACGUUUGAAGAAAUCUUCAGAGGAAGAGGAAGAAGAUAAGAUCAAUGAGGAUGAUGAUGAUGAUUUGAGUCACUUCAUUGUAGAUGAAGAUGUUCCUGGUGAUCAUGGAUGGAGGAGGAAGAUAAAGAAAUUUAAGCAAGGAACUGACUCAAAAGCUUUACGAUACGAUAAUGAUAUAUUUGGUGAUCCUGAAGAAUUGUUGAAACUUCGGAGAAAGGAUUUAGCGUAUAACGAAAAGAUCGAAAGAAAGUUAGAAGAUGAGUUUGAACCAAUUGUUCUCUCUGAAAAGUAUAUGACAGAAAAAGAUGAUGAAAUUAGGAAGCUUGAUGUUCCUGAGAGAAUGCAGAUAUUCGAAGAAGUCACUGGAAACGCUCCCGUCGAUGAUAUUAGCAUUGAAGAAGAGAGCAACUGGAUUUAUGCUCGAUUGGUUCCAGAACAAGGUCCGGGUUUUUCGGUUAGCAAAGAUGACAUUGUGAGAUUUUUGGAGAUGUCUCAUGUGCAGAAGUUAGAGAUACCGUUUAUAGCUAUGUACCGGAAGGAGCAGUGUCAGAGUUUGUUGGACAGUUCUGAUGAUGAUGGUAGUGAUUUCAAUCUUCUCAAGAAGCUUGAGACCAAGUGGCAUAAAGUCUUGUGGAUGAUUCAAGAUUUGGAUAGAGAGUGGCUUCUUCUUCGGAAAAGGAAAACCGCGUUGUUUGGUUACUUUACCAAACGUUUUGAAGAAGAAACCUGUAGGUCUGAUCUGAAUAAGAGUCUUUUUGAAUCGGUUAUGAAGUCUCCUAAAGCGGCGGAGACAGAGAGAGAAGUUGAUGAUGUAGACUCAAAGUUCAACUUGCAUUUUCCUCAUUGUGAGAUCGAUGAAGGACAGUAUAAGAGGCCGAAAAGGAAAUCGCAUUAUAGCAUCUGUAGCAAAUUUGGGAUACGGGAAUUUGCAAACAAGUUUGGUUAUAGCGCUGAGCAAUUGGGAUUUGCGUUGUCUCUUGAGAAAGUUUUUGUUGAUGAGCUUGAAGAUGCAAAGAAAACACCAGAGGAGAUGGCAUUGUACUAUAAAUGUGCAAUGUUUGAAGAUCUUCAAGUUGUUCUUAAAGGCGCACGGCAUGUGGCUGCGGUUGAGAUAAGCUGCGAGCCAUUGAUUAAAAAGUAUGUUCGCGGGAUUUAUAUGGAGAAUGCAGUAGUCUCAACGAGUCCAACACCAGAUGGGGAUGUGGUUAUAGAUUCUUUCCAUCAGUUUUCUGCGGUUAAGUGGUUACGCGAAAAGCCAUUGAGAAAGUUUGAAGGUACACAAUGGCUUCUCAUUCAGAAAGCAGAAGAAGAGAAGCUUCUUCAAGUAACUUUCAAGCUGCCUGAGAAUCAGAUAAAUUGGAUAAUUAGUGAAUGCAGUGAACACUAUCUAAGUGUUGGUGUUAGUAAGUAUGCUCAACUCUGGAAUGAGCAGAGGAAAUUGAUACUGGAGGACGCGGUUCACGGUUUUCUUUUGCCGUCAAUGGAGAAAGAAGCAAGAUCCUUGCUAAUUAGCAGAGCCAAGACUCGGUUGCUUUCAGAGUAUGGACAGGUUUUAUGGAACAAAGUUUCUUCAGGGCCAUAUCGAAGGAAUAAUAAUAAUACCUCGGAUGAGGAAGCUGCGCCGAGGGUCCUAGCUUGUUGUUGGGGACCUGGAAAUCCAGAAACUACAUUUGUGAUGCUUGAUUCAUCGGGAGAGUUGGUUGAUGUGCUUUACGCAGAAUCCAUUGCAUUGCGAUUUCGGGAUGUAAAUGACCAGAAACGUAAAAAGAAGGAUCAAGAUCGUCUUCGAAAGUUUAUAAGAGACCAUCAACCAAAUGUUGUGGCUUUAGCAGCUGCAAAUUUGAGUUGUGUACGUCUGAAGGAUGAGAUUUAUGAGGUUAUAUUCCAAAUGGUGGAAGAACUGCCGUCUGUUGUAGAAGCUGGGAUUUAUGACUUACCAGUGGUUUAUGCGGAUGAAUCUCUUCCUAGGAUAUACGAAAAUUCUAGAAUCUCAAGAGAACAACUACCUCAACAGGCAGGGAUUGUGAAACGCGCAGUUGCUCUUGGACGUUAUCUCCAGAAUCCAUUAGCAAUGAUCUCAACCUUAUGCGGUCUAGGUAAAGAUAUUUUGUCUUGGAAGCUACAUUCUUUGCAGGAUUUUCUUGAUCCAGAUGAGAAGUAUGAGAUGGUUGAACAAGUUAUGUUUGUUUCAGGGCUUGGUCCUAGGAAAGCUGCAUCUUUGCAGAGGUCUCUUGUUAGAGCUGGUUCGAUAUUUGUCCGCAAGGAACUGAUAAAUCAUGGGAUUGGUAAAAAAGUUUUCGUAAAUGCAGCUGGUUUCUUGCGGAUUCGUAGGAGCGGGUUGGCUUGUAGUAGCAGCCAAUUAAUUGAUCUGUUGGAUGACACUAGAAUACAUCCUGAAUCAUACGGUCUUGCGCAAGAAUUGGCGAAAGAUGUUUAUACUCAUGAUAUUGUUAGAGAUGAUGAGGAUGAUGCAAUAGAGAUGGCGAUAGAGUAUGUGAGAGAUGAGCCAGCUUCUUUGAAGAAAAUCGUUCUUGAUGAGUAUUUGAGAAGCAAGAACCAAGAGAAUAAGAAGGAAACUUAUAGUCUUAUCAUGAGAGAAUUAAGCUGUGGUUUUCAGGAUUGGCGAAGUUUGUUUAAAGAGGUUGAUCCAGAUGAAGAGUUUUAUAUGAUUUCGGGUGAAACCAAAGAAACGAUUGGUGAAGGGAGAAUUGUGCAGGCCACUGUUAAGAAAGUAACAAGUGGUAAAGCCAAAUGUGUAUUAGAUUGUGGAUUACCUGGGAUUCUCUUGAAGGAAGAUUACUCGGAUGAUGGUAGAGAUAUCGUUGAUUUAUCUAACAAACUGUGUGAAGGCGAUAUCGUCACUUGCAAGGUCAAAUCGAUUCUAAAGCAAAGGUAUCAUGUGUUACUUGUCUGCAAAGAAAGCGAAAUGGGAAAGAACAGGAAUCUCGAUUAUUACUACCACGAGGAGGAACGAAACAGUGUUCGGAUAGAGAAAGAGAAAGCUCCUAAAGAAAAGAAGCAGUUUAAGUCUAGGAUGAUUGUUCAUCCUCUGUUUCAGAACAUCAAUGCUGAGCAAGCAACAGAUUAUUUGUCUGAUAAGAAUAUUGGAGAAAGCAUUGUUCGUCCAAGCUCACGAGGACUGAAUCAUCUGACUUUGAUGAUCAAGAUUUUCGAUAAUUUGUAUGCUAACAAGGAGAUAAUCGAAGGUGGGAAGGAGAGCAAGGACAUAGUGAGCUUACAACGUAUUGGGAAAACAUUGAAAAUUGGGAAUGAAACCUUCGAGGAUCUGGAUGAGGUAAUGGAUCGGUAUGUUGAUCCUUUGGUAACUCAUCUUAUGACAAUGCUCAAUUACCGCAAAUUUCGGACUGGGACAAAGUCGGAAAUAGAUGAUCUUCUUCGGGUUGAGAAGGGCGUAAAUCCGAAAAUGGUAGUUUACAGUUUUGGUGUUUCGCAUGAACAUCCAGGGAGCUUUAUAUUGUCUUACAUACGAUCCGCAAAUCCGCACCAUGAGUAUAUCGGUUUAUAUCCAAAGGGAUUCAAGUUCCGGAAAAGAAUGUUUGGAGAUCUUGAUAAGCUUGCUGCUUAUUUCAAGAGACAUGUUGAUGAUCAAGGCCAUUACUAAUCAGUGAACAUUAAGGUACUAUUUAUUUAUCUGAAUUCAUGAAUUGUUCUACUCUUUAGCGCAAAGCUUUUUUUAGACCGAUUGCUUUUUAGGCAAGAAAUCUAUAUGGGACAAUACUUUUGUUUUUGGAACGUAAUUAGGUCUGUUGUUUAGUAGAACUAUAGAAUUCUAUUCAACUUAUGUUAGUAAUCAAAAGUGAUAAAGAUC